AUGGCGCCUCCAUAUAAGUAUAUAAAACUACGAUACGAUCAUAUAACAAAACCGGACAAUGACAAAAGAUUAUACAGAGGUUUAAUACUCAGUAAUUAUUUGAAAGUUCUUCUAAUAAGCGAUCCAUCGGCCAAAAAAGGUGCUGCUGCGCUCGUCGUUGAUGUCGGAUACAUGUCCGAUCCGAACGAUUUGCCGGGAUUAGCGCAUUUGUGUCAACAUAUGUUACUUCGAGGAUCGAUGAAGUAUCCAAAAGAGGACGAGUAUUACGCGUAUAUAUCGCAGCAUGGAGGCACAACAUGUGCAGAAGUAAAAUUAGAUCACACUUACUACUAUUUUGAUGUAGGUCUGGGGAAGUUACACGAUGCUUUAGAUCGUUUUGCUCAGGCGUUCGUAGCACCUCUGUUUCCACAAAGUAUGAUAAAGUGGGCGGUGAACAUUAUAGACUCGGAAUUCACCAGGAAGUACUUAGUAGAUGAUGGCAGUCGGUUCUCACACUUAAGAAGACAAUUGAUGGGUCAAGUCUUUUCUAAAUUCGGAGUGGGCAAUAAGCAAACAUUGUAUAUAAAACCUAAAGAAAAGGACAUCAAUGUCAGAGACAGACUAGUAUCGUUUUUCGAAGAACAUUACUCGGCUAAUAUUAUGUCAUUAUGUGUCUUUAGCAAUGAGGAUUUGGAUAAACUUGAAGACAUGGUAACGCGUCUAUUUUGUGAGAUAUCAAGUAAAAUUCAAACCACAUCACUGACCAAUAAGCCAUGUUAUGAGUCCUUCAUGAAUGAGCAUUCUGCUUUUAACACUGUGUGUAUAGUACCAAAGGAGAAUAUAAAUAGUUUAGUGCUAUCAUUUUAUUUGCCUGACUUACAAGAAAAAUAUCCGUCCAAGUCUAUGUCUUAUAUUUCCUAUAUUCUCGCAUAUGGAGGAAAAGGAUCGUUAACUGCAAUUUUGAAAGCUAGGGAUUGGUGUAAUUCGUUCACAAGUGCAACUGAUGUUAUUUGCAAAGGAUACAAUUUUUUUAGUAUGACUUUUGACCUAACUGAAGACAAAUUAAAGCAUAUUGGUGAUAUCAUCAAAUUAGUGUUCCAAUAUCUUCACUGGUUGAAAGAACAGAUCACUGAAUCCCGCAAAAUCGAUGAAAUUUUCACGGAUUACAAGAAUAUUACGAAUAUGAUUUUUCGUUACAAGGAGAUCCCCGCAUCCAUUUCAUAUAUGGUUUCAAAUGCCAAAGCCCUGCUUCUAUAUCCGAUGAGCGAUGUUCUGAGCGCAGAACGUAUCAUCUCAAAAUGGAACAAACAAGAGAUGCCACUGAUGAUGAAUUACUUACAGCCUACAAACAUGAGGGCUUACAUAAUAACAAAAAAGUGCGCGUCUAUAGCGAAAACGAAAGAACCUUGGUACGGCAUUAUGUAUAAGAAAGUUAAAAUGUCGCAAGAAAGUAUCACCAAAUGGGAGAAAAAUCAGAAUGAAAUUUUUAAUUUUUCCCCUAUGAAUGAAUACAUGGCGUCUCGAUUUAUUUUUAAGAACUCAAACAUUGAGGUAAAAUCUACAAGUCCCUUGCUUAUACAAAGAACGUCGCUUGUAACACUCUGGUAUGCAAGAGAUAAUGUACACAAGAUACCAGAAGCUAAUAUGUUUUUCGAUUUCGUUAAAAUAUUUCUCUACAUACUACGUGAUUCUCUUACUGAUAUAAUAAACACCGCGCAGUUAGCCAAAUUAAAAGUAACGCUUAGAGAGAGCGUUAUUAAAUUUGGCAUAACAAUUAGUAUAAGUGGUAAUGAUCAUAAGCAAGACGUUUUAUUAAAAGCAAUCCUGGAUCAUAUAUAUAUCAACGAUUUAAAUAAUUUCAAGAAUCAUCCCCUGGAUACACAGGCAUUUUAUUAUUUAUCUGCUGCUGUAGGAGAAGAAAUUUGGUUACUUAAUGAAUUAUUAGAUGAAAUUGAAUGUAUUACUGUUGAGCUAUUCAAACAGUUCGUACAGAAGUUUCUCAGUAAAAUACAUGUGGAAGGCUUCAUAUACGGUCGCCGGUUUGUAAUUCCAAUAGAAAAUCAACACCAAGAAGAUUCGUGUACAUUGGUUUACUACCAAGCUGGCAUGCAAUCGACGCAGUCGAAUAUGCUCUUAAAUCUCAUCGUGCAAAUAAUUUCAAGGCCCUGUAUCUAUACCUUGAAAACCAAGGAGCAACUGGGCCAUAAGAUACUUAUUCAAAGGCAUGCCACAAAAAUAACGCAUGGCUUGGUGAUUCUAGUGAUAGGGGACAAGAAAAAACCGCAAUAUGUCGAAAAACGGAUUGAUUCAUUUUUACACUCUAUGUUGGAAUUAAUAGAUAUUAGUACACAACGCAAAUUAUCGGUGCAUAUAAAAUCCGCUCACGUCAAGUUUAAUAUGCCAGCGGAUAAGAAAUCAAAGAAUAAAAAAAAGGAGGUACAAAUAAAUAUCCAACAUGAGGAACUUGCGACCCAAUAUGAGGAUUUUUCUUCAAUCAUUACGCUAUUCGACGACGAAACCAGUGAAGCGCAUAUAAAUACCCAACAUGAGAAACCUGCUUCAAGUACUGAGCCAUCCGAUGACAAAUCAGCUCACACAAGUAAAGAACUUACAAAUAGCAAAUGUGAACAACCAAUUCUAACUAGCCGUGAGCCAUCCGAUAAAGAAUCAAUUGAAAAAAAUAAAUUGAUAUCACAAAAGAAUAUCACACACGAGGAAUCUGUUCUAAGUACCAAAACAUUGGAUGAUAAACCAACUAAAAUAAGUGAAAUCUAUCUAGAGGUCUUGAGCAUAUCCUUGUUAAGGUUUUGUUCUGGAAAUAAGAUAUUCGAAUUCAAGAGUUCAGUAGCAAAUAUGGAAUCUCCGUUUAAGUACGUGAAAGAACAACACGAUGAUAUUAAUAAAUCAGGACUUGACGAAAGAUCAUACAGAGGCUUAAUACUCGCUAAUGACCUAAAAGUGCUUCUAAUAAGCGAUCCAUCGGCUACAAAACAUGCCGCUGCACUCAACGUUAAUGUCGGAUACAUGUCCGAUCCGGACGAUUUGCCGGGAUUGGCGCAUUUGUGUCAACGUAUGUUAUUCGCGGGAUCGACAAAAUAUCCAGGGAUGUACGAAUAUCGUACAUAUAUAUCGAAGCAUGCAGGCACGAGUUGUGCAGAGGUGAAAUUAGAUCAUACCUACUAUUACUUCGACGUAGGCUUGGGAAUGUUACACGAUGUCUUAGACCAUUUUGCUCAGGCAUUCAUAGCACCUCUGUUUCCGCAAAAUAUGAUAGAAGAAGAAGUGAACAUUAUAGAUUUGGAGUUCACCAAGAAAUAUUUAGUAGACGAUGACAGUCGGAUCUCCCAAUUGAGAAGGCAAUUCGCGAAUUCGACUCAUCCGUUUUCUAAAUUCGGGGUGGGCAAUAAACAAACAUUAGACAUAAAUCCAAAAAAAAACGGCAUUGAUGUCAGAGAGAGAGUAAUAUCGUUCUUCCAGGAACAUUAUUCAGCUAAUAUUAUGUCAUUGUGUGUUCUUAGCAACGAGGAUAUAAAUACACUUGAAGAGACGGUAGCAAAACUCUUUUGUGAGAUAUUAAACAAGAAGAUUAAUGCUGAAUCGUGGCAUAAGAAAUCAUUUAAUGUUGAAAAAAAUACCUUCAAUAAGUUGUACAUAGUUCCAAGAAAGAAUAUAAAUACUCUAGUGCUGUCGUUUCCGCUAGAUGAUUUGCGGCAUUGUUCUUAUGAAGCUUUGCCUCUAUCUCACAUUUCCCGUAAUCUGCAAAACGGAGGGGAAGAAUCGUUAUUGUUAAGUCUGAAAGAGAAGAGUUGGUGCUAUUCCAUUACCGGUGAGGUCGACUUUGUUGCCAGAGGCUUUAGUUUUUUCAGUAUUUCUUUCGACCUAACCGAAGACGCUAUGAAGCAUAUCGACGAUAUCAUCGAAAUUACGUUAAUGCACAUUAAGAAGAUAAAAAAUUCUGUAUCCACUGAGCACUACCUUAAAUUUAACUCGCGAUACAACGAUUUUACGAAUGCGAAUUUUGAUCACAGCAAGAUCCCCGCAUCUUUAUCGUUCGUAAUUUCAUGUGCUAAAGCGCUGCUUGUGUAUCCAAUGAUCAAUGUUCUGAUCGCAGAACGUGUUAUCAUCAAAAGCAACACUAUGUGUAUCACAUCCGUUUUUAAUUACUUGGAGCCGAGGAAUAUGAGAAUUCAUUUAAUAUCAAAAAAGUAUAUAGAUAUAGCGGAUAACAAUGAAUUUUGGUACGGCACUAUAUACAAGGAGGAAAAAAUACCUAAAGAAAAAUUUGAGAAAUGGUUGAAGCUUUCUAAUACUUCUACCUUUCGGAUUUCGGACACUAGAUUAAUGUUUAUGGCGUCCCGUUUUAAUAUCAAAGAGACAGAAAUUGAGAUUCCUUGGAUUACAGGAGAAUCGCGUUUCAUAACACUCUGGCACGUAAAAGAUAAUGUAUACAAGAUACCGCAAGCUAAUAUGUUUUUUGAGUUAACCAGCCCGCUCUCCCGUGCCGAUCCCUUUAUUUACAGUGUAAAUAAAAUAUUUCUCUACCUGCUACGUGAUUCUCUCACUGAGCAUAUAAACGCUGCGGAGGAAAUUAAUUUAAAAGUAGAACUUAAAGAGAACAACAAUAAAGUUGGAGUAACACUUGGUAUAAGUGGUUGUGAUGAUAAGCAAGACGUAUUGUUACAAAUAAUCCUGGAACGUAUAGCAAACUUCACGUUCGAUACAACAAGAUUUGAUAUCUUCAAAGAACGAUAUAUCAAUUACUUGAAAGAUUUCAACAAUAAUUCUCCGGACGUACAAGCGGUCUAUUAUCUUUCUGUCCUUCUAAGGGAAAACGCUCCGUUAUUCGAUGAAUUAUUAAAUAUAAGUACAUAUAUUACCGUUGAUAAACUUGAACAGUCCAUACCGUGGCUUCUCAGUCGAAUGCAUGUAAAAGGCUUAAUAUACGGUAAUAUUACCCAGGAAGAAGCCAUAAAUAUAUUUAAACUAAUCGAGUUUACGUUGAAAAAGUCAAUACUUAAUAUAGCACCGUUAACGCCAAAAGAGCUAAUGCCAGUCCGUGACAUCUGCUUAAAUAAAGUUACCGGCAUUAUUGUGUACUCGCACGUUGCAGGCCAUCAAUUAUUAACAAUAACAACCAUGUUUCAUGAAGAUUCAUGUACGUUGGUUUACUACCAAGCUGGUGUACAAUCGACGAAGGCGAAUGUGUUGCUGAAACUCAUAGUGCAAAUAAUUUCAAUGCCCUUUAUCCAAUUUUUAAAAGAUAUAAAACAAUUGGGUCAUAAGGUAAUUACUGAGAGAUAUACAACAGAAGCAACGCACGGAUUAAUGAUCCUAGUUGUAGGUAACAAAUACGAAACGUCAUAUGUUGAGAAAAAAAUCAACUCAUUCAUAAAAUACAUGUCGGUAAGUAUAGUAAUGAAUCGCAUCAAAAUAUCAAAGCGUUCACGUAUGAUUUUCCGCUGCGUCAUUUUUACGCUUAAUAAGAGAAAUGGUCUGUCAUUAAAGUCAAUCAUAAGAAAUGUCUCUUGAUAUAUAAGUUAAUUUCAGAAACAAUACCGAUAAAUUCAAAUAUCUUCCUAAAAAGAGCAGAAUUACAUAUCGUCACUGACAAGUAUACUGCCGCUCGAAUUGGUAACACACUGAAAAAACCGAAACUUAAGACCUGUCUCGUCUGGACAUAUAACAAUUAACCACGAUAACGAAUCGACUUCUCGAUCUACAUUUAUUACAAAUUUGUCUGUCCUUGAGGACAUUCUUUACAAUUUUCACUUCGUACUAUUCCAUUCUUCACAUAAACAUUAAGCUUAUAUAACAAUUAUAACUGAUUGUAAAAAAAAACUAUAUGAUUAUAUUUUAGUAUUAUAUAUCUGCCUUGCCUAAAGAAGAUUUUGAGAGGCAAAAAAUGAUAUUGCAUGCACAUAACAAGCCGCCGCAGACAUUCCGUGACACCGGCAUUAACUUCUGGAAUGAGAUUUCGAGUGGCCGAUGUCAAUUCACUCAAUACGAGGAUGAAAAUCGUAAAUUAACGGAAGAAGAUAAUACCAUAACGCAGAAACUGUUACUUGAGUUUUACAAAGUAAUAUUUCUUGUUUCUCAGUGUAAUAUCUUAUCGAGAACCCGUGUUGUCUUACGUUCAAAUUGGGGUAUUGGUUACUAAUGAACUAAUUAAUCCUCUUUUUUUAUGGGUUAUAUGACGCCUCUAACUAUUUAUAUUUAAUAUUUUAGGAAUUAACAGGUACCAAUACACAGCGCAAGUU